UCACUUCCGGAGUCAACACAUUUUCAGGAAGGUUAUCUAACUUGCAAGAAGAUCAUAUAAAACAUAUUCUCAUGAGAUUGGCAAGACUUGCUUUUCAGAGAGACUAGCUAUAUUCUGUAGGGAAUGCAGUCAAGACUACGAUAGCUGUAUGCUGUAACUGUUAAUUAAGUGAAAGGGCAUAGGCUUGUGUAACUGGGCUGGCUGAGCUAGUUAAAAAAACUAUUUUAAAAACUGUGGUUGGUUAGCAUGCUAGCUACACCAAACGUAAAUGCUGUGGUGCAGAGAUGCUAGCUAAAAUAAGAAGAGACCGAGGGUGUCGUAAUCGAUUUCUGUAGCAAUUAAUUAUAUUGCUUUACUGUUAACGUUAGCUAACUAGUCAACUAGCUAUCGAUAAAUGACUGUCACCAGCUUGCUCACUGUCAUCUGUCAAAUCUGGUUUUGAUCACUAUAGCUAGCUAGCUACCAACACCAACUUUCUCUCUUUCUCCACUCUCUACCUCAAUAGGUUGCGUCUCUAAAGAAAAGGUAAAGCGCAAUGAGCGUCCCCUGUAUACUUUCCACGGCUGCUCGAAGCUCCACAUUGCCGGGGACGUACGGCGGUCUGCUACGGUCCCGUGUAUUGUGCCCGUGUUCGAUCACAAGGCAUUUCUGUUGUCUUUUCAGGAAAAUGUCAUCCAGAAGACAAAUGGACCAUCUAGAGAGGACAGCCAGCAACUAUAGACAAGAUCGUGUAUAUCCGGCGCGGGUAUGUGGCAUCAUGGACGAGUCUGAGACAGUGAAACGCCUCCGGCUAGCUGUCCAUCCAGAGUUCACUUUCAGAGCUGGCCAGUGGGUGGACUUCUUUAUCCCUGGUAUGGAGAAGGUAGGAGGAUUCUCUGUGUGUUCCAGUCCAGGUCUGCUGCAGAGAGAGGGCGUUAUCGAGCUGGCUGUCAAAUACACACAACAUCCCCCCGCACACUGGAUACACACCAGGUGCACCGUCGACUCCCAUGUAGCGAUGCGUGUGGGCGGUAACUUCUUCUUUGACCCCCUGCCCUCUGACCCCUGUGUUGACCUGUUGUUGGUGGCAGGGGGCGUGGGCAUUAACCCUCUAUACUCCAUCCUGCUCCACGCCGCUGACCUGCUACGACAGAACCCCGCUAACGUAGGGAGGGGCUAUGACAUAGGCUCCACCCACCUCUGCUACAGCGCCAAGAACGCACAAGAGUUGCUCUUCAAGAAAACCAUCAUAGACGUGUGUAAAGAAUUCCCAGAGAAAUUCUCCUGUGACUUCCACAUCACUGCACAGACGGCAGACAUCGACCAGGAACUCCAACCGUACAUGAACCGUGGGAGGCUAUCAGAGGAGGAGUUGCGUCAUCACGUCGACCCUAACACUACUCUGUGUUACCUGUGUGGCCCUCCACCCAUGAUAGAGAGCAUGGUCCAGACCCUGCUCAGCCUAGGCCUAUCCCGGGACAGGAUACUGUUUGAGAAGUGGUGGUAGUGUGUACUAGAAACAGACCUCUUCAUCAUCACUCACCCCGGCCUAACUAUCCACUGCUGCAUCACUGGCUAGUGGAUAUCAAUGGUGGGAGGACCCACCCUGCUCUCUCCCCCAGUACCUAGGGGUUCAAAGACCAACCCGACACACACCACCCAGACCACGCACCCGCCCAUGUUACCAUGGCAACAUUUUGUGGGACAUUGGACCAUAUUUCUCCGCAGGUGUGACCUGGCCGCAUCAUUUGAUUUAUUUUACCCUCACCUGAACAUGUAUUUCUACCAGGUACCAACUUGAACAACUGGCUCGACUCGGCUACAAUUUGAACAAAUUAACGCGCAACUGAACUCAUCUCUCUUUACCGGAAUAUUCAACUCAACUAUCACCUGACUCGAGUGUUCACCAAAUGCAAUGAACAUCAGUUGUACAUUCCGAGAGUGUGUACGGGGCCAUUGAUCUGACCCUGGCUGAUGUUGACCUCUGACCUGUGUGAAGUGCACUAUAAUGUGUGUGUAUAUAGCUUUCCUGAUGAUCCACUAUAUGGAUCGUUGCCCAGUGGAGAAACACUCAAACUGUCCUCACCUCAGUGACGGUUAGAAACUCAAUCUUGCCCUCCCACCUAUUUUCUGAGUGACUUUUUCUGUAUCAAACUAAUUAAGAAAAUAUUCAUUUUAUUCAGGGCUAUUGUAUUUGAGUAAAGAAUGUGUAUGUACAAUUCGGUACAGGAUAAAUAUUUGAUAACUGAA